AUGUACAUGUUGGUUGAAAACCGCACCAGGUCUUAUCUUCAUCUGAAGAGGUCCCCUGGCAUCCGAUCUUGGUCUCUCUUUGUUGGAAUAGCCUCCAUAGGCUUGGCUGCUGCUUAUUACAGUGCAGACAGCUUGGCAUGGAAACUCUUCUAUAUGGCUGGAUGUUUCUUUGUGGCAGCACAGAAUCUGGAGCAGUGGGAGGAAGCUGUGUUUGAUAAGAACAAGGGAACAAUCUGCCUAAAGACAUUCAGUCUUUACAAAAAAAUCCUGACCUUCUCAAAAGGAGGCAAUGAACAAGUAGUGGCUCUGCUGAAUGAGAUCAGAGAUGUGAACGUGGAAGAGGAGACUGUGCGGUACUUCGGGAAGGGUUACUUGGUGGUGCUGCGAUUCAUCACUGGCUUUUCACACCCACUGACUCAGAGUGCAGUGCUGGGCUGCAGAAGUGAUGUGGAAGCAGUUGCCAAACUCAUCAUGAAUUUUCUGGAACUGGACAGAGUAGAGAGCCCACAAGAUUUCUCUCAGAGCAGCGAAACAGAGGCUAGUGAUGCAGAUGAACCGCAGGACAAAUACUAA